AGGAGGCACGAUCUACGUGACGAGCAGUUUUCGCGAGUGCACAGCAUUUUAAAAUUCAGGCACCCACAGAGCGUAGGACACGUUCCAAACGAUUCCUUAUUUUCUAUAACUUGUCUGCAACUUCUGUACUCGACCAAGUGCAGAAGUGAACAGACAAGGAGUUGAGAAAUGGAAGAUCCACUGAUCGAUGACGCGUCAAGGCUGUUAAGCGUGAGCCACAUCGAGACGAUAAUGCUUUAUCCCGAUAACGAUCCGAAUUCGCCGAGCGCGAGACGCAGAUCAGAGGACAGUUAGCGCUCGGUCGCGUCGGUCCGGUUAGAAAUCGAGUCGUGGGUGGUGUCGUUGCUCGUUACGGGUCGGCCGGCCCGUUAAAAGGAGCAAAAGCCCGAGCAGAACCGGUGGAGAACCCGGCUUUCUUGGAUCGCGUGCCCGUUUCUUAUUAGCCUACAUCGAUCCGGCGUCUUCGACUUCUUAUUAGAGUGUGACGUAUCGUCCAAGUGAACUUGAACGACGCUGAAUCCAGCGUGUGUUGUGCUCGCGUCCUGGAUCCAGCUGGAACGCCCGGGAUCCUCGAAUCUCCGACCGCCGAAAAUCGUGAUCCACCGCAAAAUCCGCAUCCUCCUCGCGCCGCUCGAAAUUACUCGAAAGAAUGCGUUCGAUUGGACGCCUGCGAAGAUACGAGUCUAUAGCCUCUCAGCUGCGAUCUCAAAGGAGUCAACCCUUUGCACGCGAAACUUUCCCUCUGGAAACAUCCAGCAUUUUCCGGUGAGACUGCGACGGCAUUCUUUGAAGUCGGUUAACGAGAACGCGUGCGAAAAGAGACAAAGCCAUCCGGUUGGAAUAUUUCACGUAUCGAUACGCGAUUAAGCCCAGGAAAGGAAACUCGAGGAAAUUCAUGUUUUAUAGAACAAACGAGCGAAUCCUAUGGUAACUAAAGAGAACGUUAUUUGUUCCAUUGAAGUGUCGGGAAAUCGGAAAAUAUCGAACGAUCUUAACCGCCUCUGCUUGAACGACUGACACACGAAGCUGAAUAUUACGCGUAAGAAUAUUACUCGAGGACUGCAUCGAAUCGGUUCCGGUUUCCGUCGCGAAACAGCCGGAUCUCCGUUCGAUUUUCGCUUUUAAGAUGAUCCGCGGAAAAGCGUGCUGCCCGUGGAAAGAUCCGCGCCGCCUAAUCGCGACAUUAAUGUAUCCAGGGCGUUCCGGGGAGAUAGCCAUCUGCCGCGAUCACCGUUUCGAGCGGCCAUUGCUGGAUCCCCGAGGCGCCGAACGGCGAUCACCGGCGAGAUUUUCGGUCUGCCGCCUCUCGCCGUAGGUAAUUCGCGUCGCCGGCGAGAAUUGAAUGAAUAUAGGUGGACCUCGCGCGCGAUUCAAAGGUUAAUCGAAGCGGCUGAUGUCUCUGUGGGAACGGAUCGCUCUGGAGCCCGUGCUCCGCUCGUCUCCAUUGCUCCCUCCUCUUCUCUCCUCUUCUCUGAACGAACGACCUUAACGAGUUUGUUUAACGCGUCGCGUCAGUGGCCAUCAGAAUUUUCGCCGUUCCUUAGAAUAUCACUUUCUCGUGACGCAGACGAAUCUUAUCGGAAUCGUUAUCGUUUUCAACGAGAUUUCAUAUCGCUUACGUUGCAGCGUUGUCCAGCUGCUCGAGUUAUCGAAUACCUCGAUUAGACGUCGAUCUUCUGAUUGUAACGGUUCUCAAGACAUUUCGAAGCAAGGACGAGAAUUAUUCGUUAAUCUUAUGCUCCUCGUUCGAUCUGUACGUUUAACACUUUGCACUCGGAAGUUUUUCACUAGAAAUAUUAGCAUUCUCCGAUGAGAUAAAGACGAUAUUUUGUGAAACUAACUCGAAGAGAUACGUAUAUUGAGGAACAAAGCUAUUUUAUCUCAAUAUUUUUGAAAUUCAUGAGUUGUACAAAGUAUAAUAUUAAAUAUUAAAUUUUAUAGUAUUACUGCAUGAAAUUAGGCGGUGAGAGUCACACCUCGAGUGCAAAGGGUUGACAUAUUACCGAAAGAUAGGCACGCGGAGACCGGUAGCAAGUGUCUCGCGGUGUUCGCGAACGUUGCUGUACGUUUCGAGGAAGCGGCACAGGUGCCACUCUAAAUGGGUUAACCUUUGGCGAACCGACCUCGGACAUGCCUAGGCGGCUCCUGUUCGCGCGGCCGCGCAUCUAGAGACAACCGGCGAGCUUUCUCCCGAUGGCUGACUUUUACUUUUGCCAUGGGCAUAUUGAACACCUCUCCAGAGGCCUAACACGCGCGUGUACUCCGCGGCGAGCGUGACCCGUGCAUCCUGCGGCUGUUGCUCGGCGGUGUCGAAUUCUAAUCGAAUUUCUACUUCCGGCCUCUGUCGCUCUAGCCUAGUAAUAUCUAAACUCGCUUCGACCUUUAACCUCCCGCGCUGCGAAUUCGUUCGGAGAUCCGAUAAACUCGCGCGGACAAUUUCGUUUUCGCCGAUUUUACACGCAUAAAAACCGUGAAUCGGUUCCACGAUGAUGCAAAACGAAGGACGAACCGCUGGCGGGUAAAACCGGUGCGGUUCGAUACUGAAAACAGCGGACGACAAUUUGUCGGAGUGGCCUUUCGCGUAAACGCGAAUUCGUUAUCGCGACACCGCAUUAGCAUAUACGUGAAAGUGCACCACCGGUUAGUGGAACGUGAUUAUUUUUCUAUCCUCAGAGCUCGGUCGCCGGUUCCGACGCCGCGAAAACCGUUCGAGAAGCACUGCUGGUCGAUCUAUCGCACGCUACGCGUUAUCAUUCGCCCGGACGUGGACCUCGAUUUUCCCGUACAUUCGACGUAUCGUUAACUCCUUUCCCCCAUGGUUUAUUUUGCAACUGCUUUGUUACGAAUAGUUCACUGAAAAAAGGAGACAAAUUCUGGACAUAUUAUCCAUGUCUGCUCCGAAGUAUGAUUCACAACAGAAGAAUAUUUGAUUUGGGUCGACAAGGACCGAGUGAUAUUUAUGUUUGUGAAAUUCUGCUUAAAAUCUUCACGAAAUAAUAGGACCGCACAGUCUAGUCAGAAUGUUCAAAUACUAGAAUUUGAAGAGAAUCGAACUGAGUGUCGCGUGUUUGAUUCGGAAGAUUUUUAUCGUCUUUUAGUUAUUCCCAGUAUUUAUUCGCGCGUUACGAUACGAAUGCCGCGUUGAAAAGUAAAACGACAAGUCUCCUCGGCCAACCUAAUUGUUUUCUCCUCGCUCGAUUAUCAUUCGCCCGACGAGCAGAGAUUAACGGGUCUUGUUUACGCGCCUUCCAUCGGAGAUAACAGAUUUCUCCGGCGCGAAAUAAUAUACGCCAUUACGGUUUAUCGGUGAAAUCGAAGCGAUCGCGCAGCUUCUAACGCGACGGUCCCGAAAACGUUGGCGACCAGCGCCGGAGGUACAUCACUCUGACCCCAACCGCCGCGUUAUCGAACGAUCCGAUAAAAUUGAAAGGUGUCGGCUUCGAUAUCCUGGGUAAGGAUAAAUAAUUCGAUGCAAAGUAUUACCGGUGUUCUCGUUUGCGGGUGAAAGUGCGGAGUUCGACCCGAACGCGCCGCUGUAACCCCGAAAGAACAAUGCUAAGUGAGAACGACGCGCGCGCGCGAUACGGCGACCAUAAUUCUUCCCGUUAUUCGAUCAUCGCGCUGUCUCGAUCUUCUGGAACGAAAGACGCUCACGAAGAAUCACAAUUUACGAAAAGUCUUCGUAAAAUUUCUCUGUAAAAGCUAUACCCGAGAAUGGAUUAAGAUUUCGAUUGGUUUAUAUUUCAGUUUAGGAGUCUGUCUUUGCAGUAACUCUAAAAGAAGAAAGUAGGAAUUGCUCAUUUUGAACACCUGGCAGUUCAGCGUCGAAUCGACGAUUCCCUAUCGGAAGAAGAUUCGUAUGAAUCAAGGGGAAAGUUCGAAAUCAUGAUUUCCACGCGUUUAACCUCUCGAACUCAGAAAUGGUUCCCUCGGAGUCCGAUGCUCGAUACGACGCGUCGAUACUCAGGAACGUUUACCGAAGCUCCGCGUUUUAUCGAAUCGCGGCGGAUCGAAUUUCGUUUUUCGCCGCGUAGAGCAUCGGAAUUCCUGUUGCGCGAAUUGACCUCUAUUCCGGAGCGGCGGAAUAGCAGCGAACGGCGAGCGGCGUUCGGCGAGCGGCGAGCGGUAGCCAUACGGACGCGUUCAAAUCACCGGUGGGAGGUCUCUGCUCCACCUUUCGUUUGACUUUGACAGUUCCAUUAUGGUAUCGAAGCUAACGGCAAACAGUACGGUGGCCGACGCUGGUGAAUCAACGCGCGCGCGCGCGCGCCGACAUGCCGAGGUCUAUUGGGUACCGAAAUGUACCUCGGAUAGUGAGACCGGGCAUAUCGGCGAAACCGAGGGGCACCGUCGUGACGAGCGGCUCGCCGAUCGCGAUGAAAACGAGCCGCGAGGUCGCGGGUGAACAGAGUGGCCGCGGUCGGUUCAGUGAACAGUGAGACCGUUGGUGUUCGCGAUGAUCGAGCCUAGGAGCGACCGGGUGCCCGCCACCCAGACCAAGCACCACUGUUAUCAAGUGAUAAGGACCACCAGGGUGCACCAGAGUUCGCGGUCCUCCAGGAUGGUCACCGUUCAGGAGAAGGUCAUCAGGUCCCGACUGCAGUUGGGAUACUCGACGCCCACCAACUUCAUCAAUCGUUUCCCGUCGAAGAUGGAGAGGCCGUCGCAGCACAGCUCGAACGCGGGCCAGGUGCACAGCGUCGGCAUGCACGGCGUGUACUCGUCCGGCAGCCAAACGUCCCUCACGACGUCCUACAUCACGGGCCAGUCGUACGUUCAGAACCAGAGCUACGCGCACGGCCCGUACACGCCCUCGCCGAGCGUGCGAGUCUACUCGCACGCGGGCUACAGCCAACCCCAAAGCUACGGCACCAUGGUGCAAGGCUACGGCGGCCAGCCGCAACCGGCCUAUCAGCAGAACCACCUCAAGAAAGGACCAGUCCGGAACGGUGACGUGCUCAAGAGAUGCCGGCUGCAGACCGCGUACGAGCUGUCGCAGGACCUGCUGGACAAGCAGAUCGAGAUGCUGGAGCGCAAGUAUGGCGGCGUGAAGGCGAGGAACGCCGCGUUGACGAUCCAGCGGGCGUUCCGCAGGUACACGCUGCUGAAGAAGUUCGCGGCGAUCACCGCGAUGGCCAAGGCGGAGAAGAGGCUGAGCAGGAAGCUACAGGAGACCGCGGACCGCGGCUGCUCGGCGGCGAACGAGCACGAGAGGAUGGUCUACCACAACCAGAUCUACAUCCAGCAGCCGCAGACGGCGAACAGGCCGAUGCCGAUCCGAAGCAUGUCGCUGAGAGAGAGGAGGCACGUCGAGAACUCGCAGUCGCCGAUACCCAGAAGCCAGAGCGGCAGGUGCGAGGUGCAAAUCGCCGGCCAUCAACACGCGAACCAUAAUAUCCAUCAGACCGGCAGGCACACGCCGUCCCUGGCGCCCAGCCCCUGCAGCAGACAUCAACAGCUACCACCGAGCCCCUGCUGGGAGUCCAGCUCUCAGGAAAGCGGAUCCAGCAUCCACUACUACAACCCACAGGAAGCGCUCUGCGGCCUCAGGCAGGAGACGCCUCCGCGGGACCUGCUGCGAACGCCUUGCACGUCCCCGUCGACGCCUCACAAUCUCCAAAACACAGUGCCUCAGAACUGGAGCUCUUCCUCUCACCUGGGCUCCACCGGCAGGUCAAGGGGUUCCGCGAAGAAGGUGCCGCCGGAAGUACCGAAGAGGACGUCUUCCAUCACCUCCAGGUCCAUGGAGCCUCGCCACAACGGGCUCAGCAAAAGCGUCGAGAACGGCAGCCUGAGCUCGGUCCAGAGCUCCGGCAGCGAUUCCACUAAUUGCGAGAGCUCCGAGGGCGAUGCCCAAAGAGGAUCGCCUGUUUGGAAACACAAAGGAAUAUCGAGUUCCCCGGAACACCAGGACUGCGCCGGCCACGCGACAGACUCGACCGCCAUGAUAAACAGCGUGAAGGACCUCGGUCAUUCGCACGCCAGCUCGAGUUACCAGCUGCCGCUGAUGGACCAUGCCGAAACGAUGCCCCAGACCAGCUACAAGGUCUCCGAAACGGUUAGGAAACGUCAGUACAGAGUCGGCCUAAAUCUGUUCAACAAGAAACCGGAGAGGGGAAUCAGUUACCUGAUCAGGAGAGGCUUCUUAGAGAACAGUCCUCAGGGUGUCGCUAGAUUCUUGAUCAGCAGAAAGGGAUUGUCCAAGCAGAUGAUCGGAGAGUACCUAGGAAACCUGCAGAACACCUUCAACAUGGCUGUGCUAGAAUGCUUCUCCCAAGAACUGGACCUCUCUGGCAUGCAAGUGGACGUGGCCUUGAGGAAGUUCCAAGCGUACUUCAGGAUGCCGGGCGAGGCCCAGAAAAUAGAGCGACUGAUGGAAGUGUUCAGUCAGCGGUACUGUCAAUGUAACCACGACGUGGUGACCAGACUGCGGUCACCGGACACGGUCUUCGUCCUAGCGUUCGCCAUCAUCAUGUUGAACACCGACCUGCACACGCCUAACUUGAAGCCUGAACGUAGAAUGAGGCUGGAAGAUUUCGUGAAGAAUCUCAGGGGCAUCGACGACUGCGGAGACAUCGACAAGGAUAUCUUGGUCGGCAUUUACGAGAGAGUGAAGGAGAACGAGUUCAAACCCGGCUCGGACCACGUGUCCCAAGUAAUGAAAGUCCAAGCGACCAUCGUUGGGAAGAAGCCCAACAUGGCCUUGCCGCAUAGGAGAUUAGUUUGUUACUGUAGGCUCUACGAAAUUCCCGACAUUCACAAGAAAGAGAGGCCCGGCGUGCACCAGAGGGAGGUGUUCCUGUUUAACGACCUCCUCGUCGUCACGAAAAUCUUGAGCAAAAAGAAGAAUAGCGUCACCUACACCUUCAGACAGAGCUUCCCCCUUUGCGGAAUGGUCGUUACGCUGUUUGAAGUUCCUCAUUAUCCGUAUGGGAUUAGACUCUCGCAACGCGUAGACGGCAAAGUGUUGGUCACGUUCAACGCAAGGAACGAGCACGACAGAUGCAAGUUUGUGGAAGACCUCAGGGAAUCCAUCAGCGAGAUGGACGAGAUGGAGACCUUACGGAUUGAGACGGAACUGGAACGACAGAAGAGCAGCAGAAGCGCCAGAGGCGGCGCAGAGAAUAGAGACUCCGGAGUGGCGGAUGUCGAGAUAUGUCCUUGCCCGGGGCCUUGCUCCGACAGGUCCGAGACCAUCGAUAUGGACACGCAGCUGAAACGCUCGGCGCUUAGCAAUUCCCUUCUUGACAUACACGAACAAUUCGCUGGUGAAAAACCGCAACGCCGUGGAAGCGUGGGCUCGUUAGAUAGUGGUAUGUCGAUUUCUUUUCAAUCUACAUCUGCCAGCUCAAUGAGCCAAGGCAUUAAGCAUCCUGGACAAGUUCAUCCUAUUCAUCCAGGGUCUACUAUCCCUGGUGGUGCUAAGGGACUGGCUCAGCAGCCAUCUUUUUUAGGGGGUCUGUUCGCCAAACGGGAACGAAAGCUAUCGCAAUCGGAGGAAUCCGGGCCCUACAGUCGCACCACGGAGGUAUAAUAUAUCCUUCCGAUGGUACCUAACGAAUGGGAUCUCUCGCUGUACAUUCGGUUCCCUUCUAGUACGUUUCAUGAUCCCCUCAAACAAUUUCCACGCGCAGUGCACACCGUUUGUAAUAACGUACUGAACGCUUCAGGAAUGUACCAGUCGUGUGGAACGGAAGAUGAUUUAACGUUUUCCGUAGUUUGUACGGCAUGUUUUAUAACUUGUGGACGAGACAUCUGACUUUUAAGCUCUUACGAAUCACGAGUCAUCUUCGUUAGUGGAUCGCGUGCUAAAUCGACAGCUUUCCACACGCUAUAAAAUACUCUGUGCACGUGAAAUGAAAUUUUAUUGUGUCCCUAAGACUCGAAUGCAUACCGAAAAGAACAUGUGUACGUAUAUUAUUCAACUUCGCAGAAGAUAGUAGAAAUUUCUUUGUAUAUCUUUACGAUAAAAUAGUACCGAUGCACUUCCGAUUAAGGAAAAGGUUUACGAAAGAAAUAAUCGAGAUUACUCUAGACUUUACUCCAUCUCUCGUAACAGAGGUACAUUAACGUAGUAAAUUUCCCAGCUGGAAGCACAAUUUCUCUUAAAGUUACGAGUAGUACGUCUUACGUGUUCGACACAUUAUUACAGCUGAUGUGCACGGGCCAGAGAUGGGCAAAUUCGGAAUAUAUUAUAAGGAAUAAUAAAGGAAAUAUGAAUAACCAGUUUUUGCUCCGCUCAGAGUUUCUAAAUACCGAUGCGUCGCGAUCGAUAAUGUUGUAUUUAAAGAAAGAUCUGUCCAUCUCUGGCGCGGACGCAGCGUGCGAAGUUAAACAGUUCUGGGGGAUCGUGCGCGCAGACAUGGUCGACGUUACGUUAAAAGGAUGUUCGAGGCACGUCUUGAAGCUACGACAAAGAAGACAACAGGUUACCCUACCGGAAGACAGUAACGGAAGGAAACAAAGUGAUUAACCUGUUAACCGGAAGAAACUAGUUACGCCUUUCAGCAAAUUCUUUUCCUUGUUUAAUCGUUUAUGUCCUAAAUCGUGUCCCUAUUAUUUUUAAUUGCAUUCGUAGAACAUUAGUUGUUCCGCUGAUACUUUAAACGUAACGUUUAAAAUUGUUUAAAUGGAUUAUAUCGGUACUUUAACGAAGAUAAUAUUUGAAAAUCAGCUUGAGGACGUAAAGGGUUAGAUUAGGAUUCCAGUACGAUCUGUCUGUAAACGAUUGAUACACGUUCGCGUUGGUUAGGGUUUGUCAUUCGAGUAGCACCGAUUACAACCACGUAAAUAUGAUACGUAACCUCGGUACGUGUACAUCAAACGAAAAACGUGUCAAUCCUUCGCGGACAACCUGCAUUUUAUUGAAUCCAAGUAUCUGUAACCGGUAUGGACGACAAUGUAUUCGUGUUUCUCGAAGAGUAAUAUCUCCGCCGGAUUGAUUUCAUAUGUCUUUAAAAGUGCCUGCAUACCUAGGUAUUUAUGAUCGGCCGAUCAUGCAAUCAACCGGUUAACAGAUUAAGAAACGCUUAAAAGUAAAAUUGGUCAUUCGAUGUAAAUUUAUUGGAUUGGGCAGGAUCCAAUCGUGGUCGCUGUAGAGCAGAAGAGAAGGAUGAAGAAAGUUGUUGGAAGAAAGAGAGAAAGGGAGAGAAUGUGUGCGUGCAUGCGCGUGUGUCCGACGUGUAUAUGUGAAAGCGAGAGAGCGAGAGAGAUUCGAUAAGGUAGGACAGCGGGGAUUAUAGCUCCCGCCGACACAUGUAUAGUUAUUUAUUCAUCCAAAAAGAUCGAAAUCGAUCCGUUCUUUCUUACGGUAUUUAUAAUUUCACGUGUAGAUAAUUCGUUGAGCAGUACGAAUCUCAUGAACCGGUUUUUUAAACGCGACCUCGACCCCCAUGAAGAAGAGGAGCUGGAGCAAGAAAAGCGGUUCAUGGAGAGGCUGAUCCAGUAACGUCGAGUCUUGCAAGUGUCCUCGACAUAAUUCUAUACUUUAAGCGAUUGUACAUAAUAGACGUAUAUAUAUAUAUAUACAUACAUAUAUAUAUAUACGUAUAUACAUACAUAUACAUAUAUAUAAUAUA